UGCAAUUCAUCACAUUCUAAUUUCAAUUUCUUCCUGCUUAACCCUGUUUAAAAAAAACUAACUUACUGCUGCUUUUAAACUACUAAAUGUAGUACAUCUUCAUUCUAUAUUGUUAUUUUCUAUGUAUGAAAUCAAAAUAUUUGCAAAUAAACUAUAUAUAUAUAUUUAACUUUCAUAAUUAAUUUGUUGAAUUGCUUUAGGAGCAGCAUGAAUAGCUGUUCUUAAUAAAAGACGUUUGAUCAUGUGUUUUUAUUUUGUUUUAUUUUAUUUUAGUAAGUGAUGUUCAGCUCAUUGCCUUGUGAGUAAACAUUAACUAAAAGUUCAAGAUGAUAUUGUAAUUGUGCCAAAAAUACAUUAUUGUGUCGUUUGUUUCCAUGGUAAUACAGCUGAUCUGAGGUAAUAGUGUCUCAUCUUUGAAUCCCUCCUGGUUUAAUGUCACUAAAUGAUGCAGCUCUGCCACCUGCUGACAGGAAGCGGUACCUGCAGCGUGUCAAAGGUAAUUAAGUGUUUUAUUGUCUGUUUAAUUGAAAACUAAAACUACAUGGACAUGGUGGAUUGGUUUGCUGCUUUCAGGGGCAUGAUGGGAAUGUGAGUCGGUGUGUUCCUAUGAGAAAUCCUUUCCAGACUUCACUAAUUGAUCAUUUUGAUUUUGCAGCACCAUUUAUGUUAAACUACGAUUUCUAUAUGUGACCCUGGCAACACGACUGUUCCUCCUGGUCACUGCAGACUUGAGAGAGAAGCAACAACAAUCCUCCUAAUGAAUCAAAUCUGCUUCUCAUCCCAGUCCAUUGACCCUGAUUUGGGUCGACGGACGGGGAGUCUUUGAACACCUCUCAGUGUGCCGUUUCAUUGUCAGUCUGGGAAACCUGAGACACGGCUUGUGUUUUUCCUGCCCGACCGUGCAGCGGAUUCAUCUCUCUCUGCUGACACAUUAGACUCUUGUUACUGCCUCUGUGACCACUCGGUUACUGCUGCCUGAAACUUUAACCUGGAUGAAGCUUUGUCUUAACGCUGGGCUCGCUCUGAGCGUUACUUACCUCUGUCUUUGCCAAAAGCUAAUCCGUUUUGUUGCUCUUCUGCUGUCGUUGACAAAUGAUUCAUUUGUAAGACAAUGUGAAUCUGGUGGGUUAUUUUCCCAUGGAUGUUUCCGUAUAUUUUCAGCAUUUUGAUUUAUUUCAAAUGCAAGACGUCUCAUCUGGAGAUUGUGGCAAAAAUCAACAGUGUAAGAAACGAUACAUUUUACAAUUAUACAACUAAGGGAUUUUCACUAUUAAAUCUAAUGCUAAAAACAAACCUUAGAGAUGUUUUAUACAUUAUUAUUUUUAAAUAGCAUUUUACUGAACAAAAAGACAGAUUCAAUAUUUUAAAAUAUAAAUCAACUUAAGAUAUUACUGAUAACCACAUAUGUGUUAUUUAUAACCUUCUGAAUUUAUAAAUAUGCAAAAUAAGAUCAUUUUACUUACUGGGAGGUAACCUCACUUACAUUUUUUGUCACAAGACAUGAAUGGUUUGGAAAUCCUUGAAUCCCACCUGCUGUAAUAAGAAGUUAUAUUUAAACUUCCAGGAUAUUUUGAAGUGAAAAAAUGUUCAAGCAGGUGAAAAGUCAAUUCUGAGCCAUUUAUCUGUACUACAAAUUGAACACUCAGUACAAAUUAUACAGUUAAAUGAAAGUAUUAAAUAAAAGAAGAACAAAACAUGUUAAAGAUUUUAGUAGGAAUAACCUUUCAGUGACAUCCAUCCAUUCAUGGUGCUCCUAGACCAGAAGGUCUCCAUAGUCCCCCCAGCAUAUUCUCAGUGUGACCAGGGAUUUCCUUCCAGUGGGGAAUGCUGGGUAAUCCUCCUAAAGGGAGCAUCCAGAAGGAGGAGAAGCAGCAGCUCUAGUCCAACCUCCUCCUACAUGACGGAGUUUCUUAACCUUUCUCGAACGCUGAGUCCCCACCGAGGAAUCUAAUUUCUUCAUGUCCUGAAGCUAAUUUUUCAGUCCCGUUUGCAUAUCUCCUAUAGGGCGGCAAUUCGCUAAGUGGCCAUUCGCUCCUUGUUUAGGAGGCCCCAUUCGCCUCCCAAACAAGACACCGAGACAAUUUAAUCCUUUGGCUUGAGACAGACGGUGACUCCUGACCUCUAGGAAGAAGUCCGCCUUUUACUAAUCUCUUCGUGCUACUUGCAAAAAGAAAUAAAUUCUGUCUCGGUAAUAGUGUUAAAUCACUUGGUGGGUCUGUAUUUCUGAGCCUUAGGGAGGUUAUACCGACGCCGUUGCUGCUCUUAGGGGUCUUUUGUUUUUAAAUAAUUCAUGUCAGACUAAUUGGUUACUGGAGAAUUGUUGACAUUGAACAAGCAGCGAAACGCAGCUUCUCUUUCCCUCUGAAAUUUGUCCUGAAAUUCCAGACAUGGACAGGAAGCUGCAGGUAUUUCAUUACUUCACUGCUCUGGUACCGACCUCACACUUAUCUGACUUAAAGUCAGUCAGCGUGUGUUGCUCACCUGGAUGGCGACUCCCAUGUUAUCGUGCAGGUUAAAUCCGUUACUCUAAUAUUGAAAACAUGAUUUAAUAUGGGUUGCAAUGCAUAUUUGUGACUGUCAUGAUUGUUUUUUCAGUUUGAUUUAUCAAACCUCCUUCCCAUGUUUUCUCUACAAGCCUCUGCAUCAGCCGUGCUGCUGUGCUUUUUGUUUAAUAACUGCUGGAGAUGAAACUUUUACAUUUUGCAAAAAUAUAAACAGACGUUGAAUGUGAUUUUAUGAGACAGAAAAGAAAAAGUAUAAUACAUAACAGUGAAGAACCAAAAUGAUACAUGAAAAUUUUUUUUAAAAAGGCGACAGUUGUAUGCUAUUCUGACACCUCUAAAUAAAAUCCAGAACAACCAAUUUGCUUCAAAUGGAACUUAGUUAAUAAACAGAACCUAAAUUUUAGUGCAUCAGUUUGAUAUAAUUUAAGUAAAAAAAAAAAAAAAAUAAAAAAAAACUAUCUCCCUUAAUAUUAAACUAGCAGAGUUAAACAUGGUGGUGGCAGUGUCAUGCAGUGGGGAUAGUUUUUCUUCAGCAGGAACGAUGAAGCUUGACAACCUGAAAAUGGGUGAAACUUGCUCCCAUUUUGGGGAUAACGGCAGGCGAUUCAGAUCUAGAAGGACAUCUGGAAUGCAAUAUUUUUCCUUAUUAAAUAAUAAAAACCAAGUAUCAUUUUUCUCCCCUUUUAUGGUGUAAAAACCCCCUAUAUGACCUGGGUGUAACACGGGUGUUAGGUGUCAAAAUGCAGAAAAUCUCAAGGCUCCUUUCCUUUCAUUUCUUUGGAUUUCAACCUUAUAUUUCUCUCAGUGGAGGCGACCAUUUGUUCUGCGAGAGCCUCGGAGAAAAGAAGGUGUGGAGAGCAAGUUGCGGACGCUUACGAGCCUGCGGUCAAGAUAGGAUUUCCUCCGCUCCAGGUCAUGAAUAAUUCAACAUGGGAGGCCACGACUCGCCUCAAAAGAGAGCAAAAGGAAAGGAUGUGUCUUUCUAGCACCAGAAGGAAAGAGGACGAGGCUGGAGGAGCAUGGAGGAGGUGGUGAGGAAACGACCAAUAAACUCCGCUAGGGAAAGAGGUCGGUAGGGGAAAUCUAUAUGCCUGUCUGUGUGUGGGUGUCCGUGUGUGUGUGCGUUGGUUUGUAAUAUCUUGUGGGGAACAUUUUCCUGACGCAUACAUUGUGGGGACCAAAGCCUGGGGAAACGCUGUUUUUGGGUCAGGGGUUAGAUUUAGAACCAAGGUGUGAAUUGAGAUAGGGUAAGAGUUAGGGUAAAGGUUUAGGCUGUAGAAAUGAAUGGAAGUCAAUGGAAAGUCCCCACAAAGAUAGCCACGCAAAGAUGUGUGCGUGUGUGUGUGCGUGUGUGUGUGCGUGCGUGUGUGUUUGCAUCCACAUGGGUUGUAUUAGGGCCAAACUGGGUUUUGCCGUGAAAUCUUUCACAGCAUCACAAUGUCACUGCUCCUUUUCCGAUUUGAGAUCCUGACAUUGUUUGGAAUUCAUUUCCAAAACAACAGAGGAAGAAUGUUAAAAUGCAUAACCAUAGGAAAAUAAGUCAAAGGCCUCCAGAUGGGAACGAUCAGAAGCUAUGCAGCCGGAGCCACGGCGUGCCGGGCGUGGAGGCGGCAGCGACGCUCGGAGCUGGAAUCAGUCGCAUCAUUUUCACCACUCUCCUCUUCCACCUUUACUCCCGGCGCCGCCUGUCAGGACCGGGCCCUGCACGCUACGCUCUGCCCCCUACAGUUGGAUAUAUUAACCAUGACUUCACCAAGCCCAGCAGCCCUGCGUACUCCUUCCACGGCCGCAUGAGCACUGCCAUGAUCUCUGUUGACUCCAGCCCUGGACCGAGGUACUACGUCGGGGGCAAGCUCACCCGGUUUGGUCGGACAGAGACACCGUCCUACUCCAUGUCAGGAAGAGGCAGACGAAUCGGGAAGAGAGAUGAGCCGUUCCAGACUCCGGGUCCGGGGGCCUACAGCCCAGAGCGGGCGCCGCCUCUGAACGCUCACCGCAGGCCUCCGUCCUACACCAUCUCCGAGCGGACCAAGUACCGCUCCAUGGAUCCUGUUCCAGCGCCAAACAGCUACACUCUUCCUGGACUGCUGGGUCCCCAAGUCCCCCACAAACUUGCCAGCGCCAGCUACAGCUUCUCGGGCCGGAGGACAGCCGGCGCUCCGUCCGAGGAUCUCUCCAAAACACCGGGACCGGGGCAGUACAGAAGCACCGACCCGGACGUCUACAGGCAGCGACAGCCUUCCUUCACCAUGCAGCGCCGGACCAAGAGGCUCAGCUACUCCUCUGCCGCUCCGGGUCCGGGAACGUACAGCCCGGAGAAGACCUACGGGCAUCUCCACAAGUCCCCGUCCUUCAGCAUGGGCAUCAGGCACUCUGAGUUUGUUACCCCGCUGGUGGUGCAUGUGGCCGAUUGACUGACCGGACUCUGAAAAUACUGUGUGUAAUCUUGUUAUUAUUCUGUUUUUAAUGUUCCUUUUCCAGUUCAAGCAAUGAACUUUUUUUAACAAUUGUAAAAAAAAAAAAAAAAU